CAGAGAAUCCUGACCGAUCUGAAUUAAUGUGUGUAGUACUUUAAGGGCUGUUUGGAACCGUAUUGUAUGUUAAUUCGCAAUCUAAUGUGAUAUUGCACUAGGUUCGUGCAACGAAUAAAUUGGAAGCUUAAUGUAAUGUGGAAGUCAGUAGUGAAAUCUUUCGCAGACCGCACUUUUAAGAUGUCGGUACUUAAUAUCCGUAGAAGUAAGGGUGUCAUCACAGAAAAUAGAAGUUGUUACAAAUGCAGCGGAACAAACGAUGAAAUAUUGGUUGAGAAAUUAGGUUCUAUUACAACAAUUGGUAUAAAUCAACCACAUAAAAGGAACUGCAUAAACCAGGCAACAGCAGCUAAACUGUCCCAAGCAAUAUUGGAAUUUGAAGAAGAUGAUUCAGCUGUUGUUGGAGUACUGCAUGGCAUUGGAGGAAAUUUUUGUGCAGGUUAUGACCUGGAAGAGUUGUCAGGGUUUGGCACUGAUAUGAAACUUGAUAAUAAAGCUGGACAUGGACCAAUGGGUCCAACACGGAGAAUGAUAAAAAAGCCUAUGGUGGCAGCUAUUAGUGGCUACGCUGUAGCUGGUGGAAUGGAACUUGCAUUGAUGUGUGAUUUAAGAGUUAUGGAGGAAACGGCAGUUAUGGGUGUAUUUUGUCGACGUUUUGGGGUUCCUUUGAUGGAUGGAGGUACAGUUCGACUACAAGCCUUGGUGGGGCUAUCUCGAGCUCUAGACUUAAUACUCACAGGCCGAGCUCUCAAUGCUCAAGAAGCAUAUGAAUGGGGCCUUGCCAAUCGUUUGGUUGCUUGUGGGACAGGUUUGGGACAAGCUAUUAAUUUGGCAACCUCUUUGGUAAAAUUUCCUCAAGGAUGUAUGCAGGCUGAUCGUGUUUCUGCAUACAACAGUGCUUUCAGUGCAAGCAGUUUUGAAGACGCGUUGGAGUUUGAAAAAGAUAAUGCCACCCCUAUAGUAUUACAGGAAUCAGUAACCGGAGCUAAAAAGUUCAUGUCUGGUGUGGGAAGACAUGGUAAAUUUUAUAAUCUAACUGAUACAAAGGAAAUUCAGCCAGUUAGAAGUAAAAUAUGAAAACAGUAUUUGAUCAUAAUACUGAGCUAUUUUGUAGUUAUUUCACUGUUGGGUGGAGAGAGACACAUCUGGUGCAGAACAUGAUUAUGAAGCAGAGGUGUAAAAGUAUUUUAUUUUGACACAAAUGUGCUUAAUGUAGAACACUGGUACAUUCAGUCAUGAAUUUUGGAAGACUGAAAAUAUAUGGGAAGAAAAUAAUUUAUAUAACUUCUCAGCUACACAUUGGCUGCUCUUAACUUGGUGUUUGUGCUUCUUGGAUGUGGAUUAUCUACAGGAUUUUCCAUUCCAGGUCUUAUUACAUUAGGCAUCCCAGACUUACGGAUUCAAAAAGACAUACAGUGAUGGUAAACUUUUGUGAAGGAUUCAGUGGAAAGAUAUGUGAUAUAAUGUAAGAAAAUUUGAGUUAAUAUACACAGUUUAUAUUUGAAAUGUGAAGCUAUUAUUUAAACGUUUACUUUCAUUUACUGUAAGUCUUCAGUGUUGAAUUGGUAAAAAUUAUAGACAUUCCAGAAGUUGUCAUGUCCGUCAAGUUUGAAGUGGGCAGUAGAUUCCUCCAGAAUGUAAGGGAUUUUUCUCUUCUCUCAUGGAGGUAUACUCAGAAGACUGUAGAUAGAGAUGAACCAUGUGAAAAUCUCAUUUCUAAUUUAUUCACUUACUUUGUGGUGCUGAUGUUAGUUUAGGUUGUAAAAUGAUGCAUAUAUACAUUUUUAGGUUCCUGUAAUGUGUUGAAUGGCAUUGUGAGUUUUGAUGUUUUCUGUCCCAAGCCAUAUGAUGAGACAUGCUUUUACACUGUUAUGAAUUAUCAUGAAUGCUGAUGAGUAUUGUACUCACAAGCCAUAAUGGACACAUGCUACCAGCAGACAUAUGGCACUCGUGUAGGAACACGUCCAAGUAUUACAGGCUGGUGAUCACAGUCAUGUGAAGUAGAGGAGUCUGUAGCUGAUACUGGUGACUACUGUGGUGUGAUAUAAAGGGUCUGCAGUGAAUUCUGGUGAUUGCCAUGGCAGUGAAUAUGCUAAAGGAACUUUGGAUCUUAUGCAGUCAACUACGUGUAAAUUACCAUACAUACCAGUAGAGAACAACAGUAAAUUAAAGCAAUUUUUUUAAAUAUGCUGG